AGAAAUUAAGUUUUGUGUUUUUAUUUUUUUAUUUUUUUAAGUGAGUACACAUACUGGGGAAACAAAACAACUUACUAUAUAUUUCUUGUAAAUCCACAGUGUAACUUUAUUUGGUAUUGGUCGAAGUGAGUUUCAGUUUGGAGCGAAAAACAAUGCUACCCGGCAUCUAGCAUGCUACUGUAGGCUACAUGCUACAGUUAGCCUGUCAGCGUGAGCGAGAUUAAAUUAUAAACUUCUUCUACUGCAGUUUCUUGUAGCUCCGCGGUUAAAAAAAUGAAGUGUCAUUACGAAGUGUUGGGUGUGAAACGAGACGCAGGAGAUGAUGAUUUAAAGAAAGCUUACCGCAAAUUAGCUCUGAAAUGGCAUCCAGAUAAAAACCUAAACAGUGCUGAGGAAGCUGCAGAACAGUUUAAGCUGAUUCAAGCCGCAUAUGAUGUCCUGAGUGAUCCACAGGAGAGAGCCUGGUAUGACAAUCACAGGGAAGCUCUGCUGAAAGGUGGACUCAGUGGAGACUAUGAAGACGACAGCAUCGACUUGCUCCAGUACUUUACUGUCACCUGCUACUCUGGCUACGGAGAUGAUGAGAAGGGCUUUUACACAGUCUACAGGAAUCUUUUUGAGACCAUUGUGAAGGAGGAAAUGGAGCACUGCAGGGUUGAAGAUAAAGAGGAUGAAGACGACUUUCCUCCAUUUGGAGACUCUCAGAGUGAUUACGAUGCAGUCGUCCAUGUCUUUUACGGCUACUGGCAGAGCUUCUGCACUCGGAAGAACUUUGCUUGGAAGGAGGAGUAUGAUACGAGGCAGGCGUCUAACCGCUGGGAGAAGCGGGCCAUGGAGAAGGAGAACAAGAAGACCAAAGAAAAGGCACGAAAGGAACGCAACGAGCUGGUGAGGCAGCUGGUGUCAUAUGUUCGCAAGCGAGACCGUCGCGUGCAGGCCCACAGGAAGCUGGUGGAGGAACAGAAUGCUGAGAAAAUCAAGAAGGUAGAGGAGCUGAGGCGUAAGCAGAAGCUCAGCCAGGCUAAACUGGCAGAGGAAUACAAGGAACAGAGCUGGGCGGCCAUGUCUGAGCUUGAGAAGGAGCUGCAGCAGAUUGAGGCUCAGUAUGGAGAGGAGUUUGGAGAUGCAUCGGAGUGUGAGGAAGAAGAGCAGGACGCAGACACCCAGGAGCUGACUAAUGGGAAUGGUGGAGGUCAGUGUGUAAUUCAGCAUAACACCUUUUGACCUGAAAACUGUCUA